UUCUAUAUCAUAUUCGGGGAACCAAACAGGACUUAGGUCUUGAUUCUCAAGGGAUCGAAACCCCGUGUGCAGAGAGAGAGAGAUCCAUAACCAGAAUCACAGAGCUCCCAAAAAUGGCCCCAAAACCAGAAACCCUAACCUCCUACUCAUCAUCAUCAACAGAUCAAACCUCCACAGACUCAUCCACACUCGAUCCAAUCGUCCAAAUCCUCAAGAUCUUCCCCUACAGCUUCCUCCGCCUCCCUCGCCUCCGCCUCAAGCUCCCCUCCUUCACUCUCCCCUCUCCUAUGACCGUCUACUCCCUCGUCCUCCUCACCUACUUCAUGGUCGUCUCCGGCAUCAUCUACGACGUCAUCGUCGAGCCCCCCGGCAUCGGCUCCACGCAGGACCGCCACACCGGUUCAGUCAAGCCCGUCGUCUUCCUCCCCGGCCGAGUCAACGGCCAGUACAUCAUCGAGGGACUCUCAUCCGGAUUCAUGUUCAUUCUCGGUGGAAUUGGGAUCGUGCUGUUGGACCUCGCUAUGGAUAAGAAUCGCGCUCGCACCGUCAAGGUUUCGUAUGCGUCGGCUGGGGUUGCGUCGGUUGUGAUAUCGUAUCUGAUGAGUAUGCUCUUCAUUCGGAUCAAGAUCCCUGCUUAUCUUCAGUGAAAUUGUGAGUCUUUUUUUUUACAUGAAUGUUGUUAUGGAUUUAGAGAUUUUUGGGGAAUUUAUUAACGUUUAUCACAGUAUGAGGAAUUAAACGAAAUAUAAUUCAGGAUCUUAUUUGGGAUUUGGUUUAUUAUAUGAUAUGAUGAUUAGCUUAAUUAAGUUGAGGUUUA